AUGUCGAAGCAAGAGAUCGUGAAUCUUGCGGAACUGGAGGUCGUUACCCGCGACAUCUACGACCUUCCAAACCGAGAUCCACGCCGAGGCGGUGUGCUUGAUCGUCGGAUGGGCGUGAGUGACAAGGUUAGCACGUGUGAAACCUGUGGUCAACGCAUGGCUGAUUGCGUAGGUCACUAUGGUUACAUCAAGCUGGUGCUGCCUGUCUUCCACGUCGGCUUUUUCAAGCAUGUUGUCAGCAUUCUUCAAAUGAUUUGCAAGUCGUGCGCUCGCGUGCUGUUAGAAGAACCUGAUCGCCGACGAUUUCUUCGGCGCUUUCGCCGACCGGGGCUUGAAAAUCUACAGCGCGCACAGACAUUCAAAGCUGUCAACGCUGCAGCCCGUAAGAUGCUAUAUUGCCCACACUGCGGCUCGACAAAUGGUACUGUUAAGAAGGCGGGCGUCUUGAAAAUUGUCCACGAGAAGUUUCGGCAGAAAAAGACCGAAGAGGAACAGUUGGAAUUCCGCAAAACCUUCUCGACAGCCGUCAGUAUGGGCAAUGGCGAACUGGCGCCGCACUUGAACAAGGCGCAAGAAGAUCUGAAUCCCUUGCGUGUACUGGACUUGUUCCGCCGUAUUUCUGACGAAGACUGCGAGCUUCUCGCGCUUAAGCCCCAGUUCGGUCGGCCAGAAGAGUACAUCUGGCAGUACAUUUGCGUGCCCCCUGUGUGCAUUCGGCCCAGUGUCGCUCAGGACGGCGCUACGAAUGAAGAUGACCUCACUGUCAAGCUCACAGAAAUCGUCUUUACCAACAACAUCAUCAAGUCUGGCCUCACGAAAGGCAGCAAAGGCACAACGACCGCACAGCUGGUUGAGCAAUGGGAUUUUCUUCAGCUGAGUGUCGCCUUGUACAUCAACUCGGAGAUGCCUGGUGUGCCGCCCAUGAGCGGCCACAAGCCAAUUCGCGGCUUCUGUCAGCGACUCAAGGGCAAGCAGGGUCGUUUCCGUGGCAACCUUAGUGGCAAGCGCGUCGACUUUUCCGGUCGCACAGUCAUUUCGCCAGACCCGAAUCUGGCGAUCGACGAAAUUGCCGUGCCUGAGCGAGUCGCCAAGAUCCUCACGUACCCAGAGCGCGUAUUUGCCCACAACAUUGAGGCUAUGCGCCAGGCGGUCCGGAACGGCACCGAUACCCACCCCGGCGCUAACUACCAUGUAAAUGGGCGCGACGGGUUCAAGCGUUUCCUCAAGUUCCCUGGCAUGCGCGAUGACAUCGCUGCGAAUCUGCGUGUCGGUGACAUCGUGGAGCGCCACAUCCGCGAUGGCGAUAUUGUCUUGUUCAACCGACAACCAAGUCUGCACAAGCUGUCGAUUAUGUGUCAUCGCGCCAAGAUCCGACCAUGGCGCACAUUCCGCCUUAACGAAUGUGUGUGCAGUCCUUACAACGCAGACUUUGACGGUGAUGAAAUGAACAUGCAUGUGCCUCAGACGGAGGAAGCUCGGACCGAGGCCCUUACGUUGAUGGGCGUGAAGCAUAAUCUCGUGACGCCACGAAACGGGGAGCCAAUCGUCGCAGCGACGCAGGACUUCAUCACAGCCGCUUUCCUUCUCUCGCGGCGCGGCCGCUUCUUUACUCGUGCGCAGUUUGUUCAGAUCUGCUCGUACUUUGGGGAUGCGUCACUGCAUAUUGAUCUUCCGCCGCCAGCGAUCCUUAAGCCUGUGCGUCUCUGGACGGGAAAGCAGCUGUUCAGCUGCAUGAUCCGUCCAAACAAGCAGUCCCCCGUCCUUGUGAACCUCGAGGCACGCUGUCGAACAUUUGAGAAGCCCCGCGAUGGUCAUGUAAACGAGAUGUCGCCAAACGAUGGUUACCUUGUGAUCCAAAACAGUGAAGUGCUGUGUGGUGUAAUGGAUAAAGCUACCGUCGGCGACGGUAAAAAGCAGUCAGUGUUUGGUGUGAUUUUGCGCGACUAUGGGCCUGAUGCUGCUGUGGCUUCGAUGAAUCGACUCGCUAAGACGUGUGCGAGAUGGCUUUCGAACCAGGGGUUCUCACUCGGCAUCGGUGACGUCACCCCUGGACAGCAUUUGCGCGAAACCAAAGACAGGAACGUUGAGAUUGCGUACCGGCAGUGUCGUGACCUGAUUGAGCUUGCAAAGCGUGGCAAACUUGAAAACUUGCCAGGUUGUGACCAGGAGCAGACGCUUGAAAGCAAGAUUUCCGGCGUUUUAUCGAGUGUGCGUAGUGAUGUGGGUGAAAUCUGUAUGACAGAGCUCAGUCGACACAACGCGGCCCUUUUGAUGUCUGUGUGUGGCUCGAAAGGCUCGAAAAUUAACGUGGCACAAAUGGUUGCAUGUGUCGGCCAGCAGAUCAUUUCUGGCUCGCGUGUGCCAAAUGGCUUCCAAGAUCGCUCGCUCCCGCACUUCCCGAAGAAGUCCAAGGACCCUCCUUCGAAAGGGUUUGUUCGGAACAGUUUCUUCUCAGGUCUCGAGCCUACAGAAUUCCUGUUCCAUGCCAUCAGUGGCCGUGAGGGUCUCGUUGAUACCGCCGUCAAGACUGCUGAAACUGGGUACAUGCAGCGUCGACUCAUGAAGGCUCUUGAAGACUUGUCGACGCAUUACGACUUCUCCGUACGAAAUUCGGAGGGUGGUGUCGUUCAGUUUCUGUACGGGGAUGAUGGUCUCGAUCCUGCCGAGCUGGAAGGGAAUGCUCUACCUGUCGAAUAUAACCGCACGUUCCGCCACGCCUCAGCUAAGACAGCGGAUGUACCGAGCCGUUACCUCCUUCCGUACGAAGUCAUGGACUUGGUCAACCAUUUACUAUCACAAGACCGCUUUGAACGUGUAUGCACAUCCAAAUACAUCGACCAGGUGCGAGAAUUCUGUUACGAACAAGUGGCGAAACGCAUGGCCGAGACUCGCGAAGCCUACGGCAUGUACCCAGCUCUGGAGCGCGAUGGCGACUGGGAUGUAGAUACUGACCUGUCACUUGGUGCUGACGAUGCGCAGCGGGCUGUGGUCGAGAACAAAGUGCGCGUUUCAGAAGCAACCAUACUGGAGUUUAUUAACUUGUGCUGGGAUAAGUACAUGCGUGCCAAGAUUGAACCAGGCUCCGCUGUCGGUGCCGUCGGUGCACAGUCCAUCGGUGAGCCUGGUACGCAGAUGACGCUCAAGACCUUCCACUUUGCAGGUGUCGCGUCCAUGAACGUAACUCUUGGUGUGCCGCGUAUCAAGGAAAUUAUCAAUGCGGCCAAAGUCAUUAAUACACCGAUCAUUGCGGCCACGCUUGUGAGCGAAAAGAGUGAACAAGCUGCGCGAAUUGUCAAGGGUCGUAUUGAAAAGACGUAUCUUGGUGACGUUGCAUCUGUUAUUGAAGAGGCCUGGUCCGGCACGUACACUUACAUUGGCAUUGACAUUGAUACGGCGGCUAUUCAAAAGCUCCAGCUGGAGGUGACGCUCGACGAUAUCAAGCGCGCCAUUGUUGCGAUGCCUCGCAUGAAGAUCAAAGAGGAGCGCAUCAUUGUCCUACCGAAUCAAGACCGUUUGCAGAUUUAUAUUCACCCUGACGAGAAAGAGAAGGAUGUAUACUAUUCCCUGAAGCAACUAAAGCGCCAACUGCCAAAAGUCGUCAUCAAGGGCAUUCCUCAUGCUAGUCGUGCUGUUAUCAGUGACGAGAAAGGCCAGCGAAAGCUCCUCGUUGAAGGAUACGGUCUCCGUGAAGUCAUGACGACGGAAGGUGUCGUUGGCACACAUACGCACACGAACCAUGUGAUGGAAAUGCAGCAGGUGCUAGGCAUUGAGGCUGCUCGCAGUUCAAUUUACCGCGAAAUUGACUAUACAAUGGCGAGUCAUGGUAUGUCUAUUGAUCCACGGCACGUCAUGCUCCUCGCAGAUGUCAUGACGUACAAAGGUGAGGUCCUUGGCAUUACUCGGUUCGGUGUGGCUAAAAUGAAGGACUCCGUGUUGAUGCUUGCUUCAUUCGAGAAAACGACAGACCACCUCUUCGAUGCGGCGCUCUUUGGCAAGUCUGACUCGAUUUCGGGCGUUAGUGAGAGUAUUAUUAUGGGCAACCCCGCUCAGACCGUUGGGACAGGUAUGCCAGCCCUUGUCAGUCAAAAACCAACACUUGCUCCACCACGUCAGUUGGUAUUUGACCGAUAG